AACACCAUGUCGUACAUCUCUGGGGACGACGACAUCCUCAACCCUCCCCAGCAACGCCUCGACGACUUCUGGGACAACCUCAUAACCAAGAGACCCGGCAAGGUCACAAACAUCUUCCCGCCGAGCCUCUACGCGAACCUGCUCCCCAACCCACGGCAGAAGGACGCUCCCCAAGGCCGGAACGCGGCAGAAUCCUACCAAGCAGCCGCCGACGAGUGCAAAGCGCGCGUCAAGCGCAUCGUCCGAGAAUGCCAUCGCACGAACGAGAAAUACACGGACCCAGAUUUUGAUAUUGAAGGGGACCAUCGCAUUGGCAAUUGCCUCGAGGGCCUGAUGAAGUGGUACAGGACGGAUGAGCCACGCAUCCCUAGCGAGCCGAAACCGGGGUCCAUUCACCGCAUAGAUUGGAUCUUCGAGAAGCCUGCGUUUACCGUGGAUGGAUUCUCCAGCACAGACGUCCAGCAAGGGGCGAAUGGGGAUUGCUGGUUUCUCGCGGCCGUGGCUACCAUCUGUUCCAACAAAAGCCUCAUGGAGAAGGUGUGCGUCGCAAGGGAUGAAGAGUGCGGCGUGUACGGCUUCGUCUUCUACCGAGAUGGCGAGUGGAUCUCGACCGUGGUCGACGACAAUCUGUACCUCACCGAGCCAGAUUUCGACGCCCAGGGGGACAUGUUCGAUCCUUCUGGGGCGAAGGAGCGCAAGUACAGGAAAAAUCAUCAAACAGGCAGCGAUGCCUUGCAUUUCGCUUCGUGCGCAGAUCAGAAUGAAACGUGGCUUCCCCUCCUCGAGAAAGCGUAUGCCAAAGUGCACGGCGACUACGAAGCCAUUGCCGGCGGCUCUUCCGGAGAGGGAGUGGAGGAUCUGACGGGUGGUGUGACCACCAAGCUUCUCACCAACAGAGUCCUCAGCAAGGAACGCCUCUGGAAGGAGUUGCUCGAGGUUAACAAGCAAUUCCUCUUUUCGGCUUCUUCUCCUGGCACCUAUGGGGAUGAUAACACAUCUCGGAAGGGCCUUGCUCUAUCCCAUGCCUAUUCGGUCAUUAGAGCCGUUGAGGCGGAAGAUGAGGACGGCAACAUGCACAGACUGGUACUUAUUCGGAACCCCUGGGGGAAGCGGAGCCAGAGUGGAGUUGGCGAGUGGAAUGGAGCUUGGAGCGAUGGCUCGAAGGAAUGGACACCCUAUUGGAUGAACAAACUAUCCCACAAAUUUGGAGACGACGGCCAAUUCUGGAUGUCGUACAACGACCUGCUAAGCCGCUUCGACCUCCUCGACCGCACCCGCCUCUUCGACGAAGAGUGGACCAUUGUCCAACACUGGACCUCGGUCAGCGUGGCUUGGGUCACAGGCUACCUGAACACGAAGUUCCUAGUCGAGAUCAAGAAAGCAGGGCCUGCAGUUUUUGUCCUCGCUCAACUCGAUGACCGGUAUUUCAAGGGACUGGAAGGGAAGUAUCGAUUCGACCUCCAUUUCUUGCUGCAGGAAGAAGGUGCCGAGCCGGGCGAGCAUAUUGUUCGCGCUCGUGGCGCCUGGUUCGGGAACAGGAGUAUUUCGGCCGAUGUCGACCUGGAACCCGGCAAGUAUGAGGUUCUUCCGAAGAUUGUGGCUUGGAAGGAUGAUGAUGUUCCUGAUGUGUAUGAUGUCGUGCAGAGGCUGGCAGACAGCAACCCGCAGAAGCUCCGGCAGAUUGGCAUGAACUAUGAUAUUGCCAAUGCCAAGGGCGUGACUAGGGUGAAUGAGGAAGAGAGGAAGAAGAAGGAGGAGAAAAGGAAGGAAUUGCAGCAGAAGAAGCACAAGGAGAAGGAAGAGGCGGAGAAGGAAGAGGCGGAGAAGGAGAAGGCGGAGUUUGAGGCUUGGAAGAAGGAGAAGAGGGCAAGGGAGGAGAAGGAGAAGGCGGAAAAGGAAAAUGAGAAGGAAGCCAAGGAGAAAGCCGAAAAGGAGGAGAAGGACAAGAGUGACAAGGACGAGGUUGGGAAUGUCAAAGAAUCUACUGCCGCUGAUGGCAAGAACGCGGAUAGCAAAGACGAGAAAUCGGACUCGAAAGGCGACGGAGGCACGAAGAAGGAACCAGAGCCUGCGGAAUCAGAUGUUGAUGGCAAGAAGGAUGAGUCUGCUUCGAAGGAUACAUCUACCCCUGAAGCCGCGGUCGAUGUGAAGAAAACAGAAGAGAAAUCAGCCGACGCAAUCGACGUGAAGGGCGCCAACGUACCCGAACACCACCACGCAACCAAGGACCCACCAGAUUACAUUUCCCACUCUGCUCCGCCGCCCAACGAGUACAGCUCCGUCCCGGAGCCCGACUUCGCCGACGAUCCUGUCCCUAGAUUCCUCGCCGACCCCGUCCACACACCGGACCGUGUACCCAGCCCCCCGCCCCCUCCCCCACCCGCUCCGGUAGACAACACGCAGAAGCCCUGGAACGCUGUGUGUGUGCUGGGAUUGCGCGUGUACGCCAAGGACCCGGAGGUGAGCAUCAAGUUGGUGGAGCCGAGGGAUGCCGAGGAAGGGGCUGUGUUGGAUGCCGAUGGGGCGAAUCAGGCCGGGGCGACGAUGUGAUGUGAUGAUUAUGAAUCCAAGGGAGAUGGUAUUCGGUAAUGGGAUCGCGGGGUGGUCGUUGGGAAUUGGGUUGGAUAUGAGCAUGAAGGGCAUAUGGUUCCUGGAUAGGUUGCAUGCGUUUAGGAUAUGUAUGGUUUAUCAUAGUGAAUAGACACUCGUGGAC